UGCCUUAAGGGCCUCUCAACGCAGAUGCCCUUAGGACCACAUUGGUUCCAGUGCUUUGCUCCGUUCUCUGUCACCACAUGUCCUAACGUGGUACAAUCUUCUUACUUGUAACUUGAAUGAAAACUACCAUGCAGCGAUCCCGUGCUUCCCUGCCUUUUAUGUUCCCCUACAUCUUCUACGUGGCGAAUUGUAAUUGUUGGAAGGUUUACGUAGCCAGAAAUUGCUCGAUCGUACUAAUAUAUAUGUACUUGUGCUUAUUUCUUAAAAUCUCUUCUUCUUUGUCUCUACUAAAGUUCUGGAGAGAAACAUCGUUAAAAUUUGAAAAAUGAAGCUCGGAAGCAUCAUUGCAGUUCUGCUAAUGCUGGUACUCGUCUCCGGUGAGAUUUCGACUAAAUCUUCACAGGCUCCGGCACCAGAACUACCCCUCGAAGCUGCAGAUUCGCCUCCAGUCCCCGCGCCUAUGCCGGAAGUUGGAUCUCCACUAGCAGAGUAUCCUAAUGAAUACUCUUCUCCUCCGGAAGUUGGAUCAUCUCCUUUAGCGAAGUAUCCGAACAAAUACUAUUAUCCUCCAUCAGAUUCAACUCCAUCUCCGGAAACUAGCGAUUCAAACUACAGCGACAUUACUGGAGUUGAAAAGAAAAAAACACUGGGACGCAAAGGAUAUUGGGCUUAUUAGACUUAAUAUUUGGACUUAAAUCAUAGUAUAUCGAAUAAGCUCUGAUAAUGUAGGAGCCCUUACGAUUUAGUAGUUAAUUUGAAUGUUUCUAAGCUUGUUUAUGUAAUCUACCAUUCAAGAAACAAGAACAAAGUUCCGUUCAAUCUCAUUAUUUAACUUGUUCCAACAUAUUGAUAUCAGUCUUUUUAGCAUCUGAAUGGUUAGAUUUUGUAAAAGAAAGGGUUAGAGAAUGCUAUUAGAGGUGGAAAACAAGCUGGUGAUACCUGAGUUCUAUGGCGACUUUGAACACUGGAGUAAGUUGGAAAACCUCAUGAGGUCCAUAAAUUAGCGAGACUUGUAGAGAAAGACUACAAUGAGCCAGCCCGAGGAUAGAUAAUCAAUGGAGAAACAUAGACAAGAGUUCGUAGAAAAGAAGCUAACAUACGUCAAGGUGAAGAACUACUUGCUUAAGAAAUAAAAAUCCAUCAUGGAUACCAUAACUUAGACGGAGACAGCCAAAGGAACUGUGGAAUACGUUGAAACCUAGUAUCAGGGAAAAUGAACGUGUAAAAUGAGAACAACUUCAACGUUUAAAACGGGAUUUCGGUGAAGGAAACAAAGAGCAUCACAAGGUGUUUCUCAACAGCGUCGCUAUCUCAACCGGUAUGAGAACUGUUGGAAAAGAAAUGCACGAUUCACUUAUUUGGGUCAAGAUUCUAAGACUAUCUCAGAAAAGUUUACAUACGUAAUAUGUUCGACUGAAUUUUUCAAAAACAUACGGUUUUAGGUGAUGCUCUCCAAAUGUGGUACAGCCUUGGAUAGUAUCUUUUUUCCUGGAUCAUUUGAAAAAGAUGGAUGAAGAUUGGCCUGGAGUCUACUAGCACAUUUUGUGUGGACAAUGGACUUCACCCUAAGUGGUGGAUCUAGAAAUUAUUUUGAUCUGGAGCAAACUUAAAAUAUAUUAACAAAGUAUUGUAUAUGCAUGGAUGCAUUAAUUAAAAAUUUAAAGAAAAUACAUUUAAAUUUUAAAAGUCAUGGUGCAGGUCAACUGCCCCACCCUUUUUUCAUGUAGUUUCGCCACUGUCCACCUUAUAACUAUAGGUUUUUCUCAGAUUGUGUUGCUACUCUUAUGGCACAUGUACACCUAGCUUAACGGCAACGAUUAUUCACGUGGAGAUUCUUUUUCCAACAGAGAAAACAAUGGACAAGGACAAGUUUACGCUCAAAGCUUUAUUAGUUUAUUAUCUCCAAAACUCAGCAUACUACACGUUUGUAAAGAAGAAAUAAAUCGACUAUCUAGUCUAAGAAAACCCUAAUUCAGAUUGAUUAGGAUGUUCUUAAUCCUAAUUUGAAUUGGUUUAAUUCCUAAAAUUAAUUACACUUGGUUUACAUUAAGACACAUUUAAAGUUAUCAUUUAUCAACCAUAAAGAGACUAAGACCAAGAGUAACCUCAGUCUCUUAACUGGGGUUCUUAGCUUUGGUUAAGAGACGGUUUUAGAUUUUCUUAGAUUUUAACUAAGAAAAGCUAAGAACCGUCUUUUAAUUAAGAGAUAAGAGCCGUCUCUUAGCCGAAAAUUGUAAAAAAAAAAAGUCAAAUCAUAAGUUAAGAACUCCGGCUAAGAGACCAGGAUUAAUCAUGCUCUAAACCACACGACCGUUCUCCAUCUUUGGUUUUCGCUUCUUCCUUUUUUUAUACGUAAAACACAAGUGUUAAAGUGCCUCCUUUUGAUCUUUAGAUCUUGAUCUUCUUGUUGGUCCAACCGAGAAGACCAAUAGAUUCUCAAUCAGGUUGUCUCGCUUAUCUUCUCCUUGAAUCUAAUCUGCCGCCAUUCUGGCUCGACUAGAUUGUUCAUCAUACAAACAAACACUACAAGAAAACAAGCAGAAUUCCGAUGGAGGUUCCGACGGACUUCAAUGUCGUCGGACGUUUGUGAUGGAUUUUCGACCAAUUUCCGACGAAAACCAAAAAUUUGAAGUCGUCGGAAUUCCGUCGGCCAUUUCCGACGGAAUUCAGACGAAACAUGGCUCGUCGGAAUUUUCCGACGACUUUUCGACGACAUUCCGAUAAAACAUGUAACCGUUGUAGUCGUCGGAAAUUCGUCGAAAUAUACCGACGAACUUCC